UCUAAAUGUGAAGAAGGUGUACAGUGAGAGCACAGAAGAACUCCAGUCCCCAGAGGCUCUGAGGAGCAGCGCUAUGUCACCUGACCUGAGGCAGGACUUCAACAUGAUGGAGCAGAGGAAGAGAGUCACACAGAUUCUGCAGAGUCCAGUGCAGGGUCAGUCAGUCCGGUGAAUGAUCUGUGUGGUGUAGAGUGGUUUAAUUGUUCUAAAGCUGAGAGACAGGGCCGCUGUAAACUCGCCUGCUUGUACCGUUUGCUGGACCUGUACGGACACACCCAUUUCCCAAAUACGUAUAUAACUACUAUAAGCAACUAAACAGAUCUAAGUCAGAUAUGUCUGAACAUAGUCCAGUUAUUCUGGCCAAAUACCGCCCACUUAAAAAGAAAGAGGCUACCUGCCCGUCAUUUUUCCAUGCUGUUUAAUUGUGGAUUUAUCUGAAAUAGAUUAUACCACAAUACUAGACCAGCUUUAAAAAAUGAAUUCAAAAGUGGUGUGGAAGGUUUUGCGAACAGAAAAACUCUGUAAAAAUAGUGACAAUGUGCAGAGCCCUUUGAUUUAUCCAAAAGAAAUAUAUACUAUUAUUUAUUUCACAGGCAUAAUUUUGGAAAACAAACUGAAAUAUACAGUUCUGCUGAUAGAUAACUAGCUUACUUGCUACUAAUCCCUUAAUCCAGUUGCACAAAAGCAGCCAAUCAAAUUAGAAUUGGUGAUUUCCAAUGCAUCUGAAGUUCUUGUCUUUUUCUCUGUCUAAUCUUAAGGCUUUGGACCAUCUUGAGCAUAAAUGCAUUUGAUACCAGAAUUUAUUAUAAUGUACUCUCUCUCUAUCUCUCACUCUCUUUUACUAUUUCUCUGUCAUUUUCUUCUUCAGCUGCGCAUUAACAAAGAGCAAGAUCAUAUUCUUAUUCUUCCUAAAGGACUGUCAUUUUCCGAGGCCACAGCAGCUAGUCUGGUGAAGGUCAAUCUGAUUGGUGAGGUGGUUGAUCAAGGAGCAACUUCACUACCUGUGGAUGUUUUGGGAUUCAAACCACAUUCUGCAGUGUAUUCUGCCCGACCAGAUGCCAAAUGUGUUAUACAUACAUAUACACCAAAUACAGCUGCAGUCUCUUCUAUGAAAUGUGGCAUCUUACCCAUAUCCCAUGAAGCUUUGCUGCUGGGAGAGGUGUCUUAUUUUAGCUACCAUGGUGAUUUAGCUGACGAGCAGGAGAGGAUGGAACUUCAGAAAGCUCUGGGUCCCACUGCCAAGGUUUUGGUCCUGAGGAAUCAAGGUUUUCUGGCAUUUGGAGAGACGACAGAGGAAGCUUUUCACUAUCUGUAUCACACACACCAAGCCUGUGAGAUACAGGUUAGCGCUCUCUUAUGUGCAGGUGGUGUUGACAACCUUAAUGUGUUAGACAGAGCAAGUCUGAAACCAGCUCCUACGAAAAAUCCCAGUGGACAAAUGCCAGAUGGACAGAUCAGAUGGAGGGUUGGAGAGGCAGAAUUUGAGUCGCUUAUGAGGAUGUUAGAUAACUUAGGUUACAGAACCGGUUACACUUACCGCCAUCCCAUAGUUAAAGAGAAACCUCGACACCAUAACGAUGUGGAGAUCCCAGCAACCAUCACAGGGGUGGCAAUAGAGGAAAAAGACGUCUUGCCACAGAGUCCUUUGCACUUCCUGGCACAGAAGCGGGACAGAGAGAGGAUACGCUGGCUGAACUCUCCCAACAGCUACUUAAAGGUUAAUGUACCUGAAGAGUCCAUCAAUGGGACCUGCAGCCCCCGGACCAAAACUACGUGGUUGAAGUCAGAAGACUCAGGCAGCUGCAAGGACACUCCAAUUAGGAUUGAGGACCCCAACCAGUUUGUCCCACUUAAUACUAACCCCAGUGAAGUACUGGAGAAAAGAAAUAAGAUUCGAGAGCAGAACAGAGCAGAUCUGAUGACAGCUGGACCAAAGUCUCUGCUGCUGGCAGACAUCGUUAUUGACAAGCCUCCUGGACAAGAAUUCAUCUAUGAGGAUGAGCAGACAGCUGCGCUACCGCCCAACCCUUUUAACCAAUCAGAGGCAGAGCUACAGGAAUACACACAAACUGUGGAGAAUAAGAGCAGCCAAUCAGCUCUUCAGUCAGAGGCCGAUGAGGAAUUCACGGAUGGAGAAAUGACCACAUAUGACGGCUCCACUGUGUCCCUGUCGAUCUCACCUCUCAUGAGCCCUGAAAGAGGAGACUGUCUCUCAACUCUGCUGCAGAGCAGCGAUGGCGAUGACCUGACACAGGAUGAUGACCUCACUCUACAGGUCACAGAGCUCAGCAUCACUAAAGAGAUGCAGGUCUCCAUAACUACCACUGUCGCUAACAACAUUUCAGUCACCAGCUCUUCUGAUAGCCAGCCAAAGUCACCAAAAAAGAAGAAAAAGAAAUUUCGUACUCCUUCCUUCCUGCGAAUGUCGAAAAAGAAAGAGAGAAGAGAAAAGGAGAAAGGAAAAGACAAAGAGAAGGAGCAAAAAGAAAGGGAGAUAGAGGAAGAAAAGGAAUGCAAAAAGGACUGAGUAAACGCUUCUGUUAGACAUGACUAUGCUAGGGCUUGUGGGUAAUGUAGUUUCAGGAGGGCCCAUGUUAAACAUGACUAGCAGGGAUAUGGAUAUUAGCGUUAAAGCAAUGAAUUGUAUGUAUUGUUAUUAAACACAGAAUAUUUCAUUUUAACACUCUUUUGUUAAAGCCAUAUCAAUAACUAGAGAAAAAGUCUAAAUAGCCUAAGAAUAUCCACUUACACUUUAAUAAACAUGCAAACUUAUAGAAAUUCUAGUCCUGAUUUGCAACUUUAAACACUGAAUUUGAGAAGUAUCAGAAACAUUUUGAUGGCUCUGCAUUGUGUUUGUAGAUGAAUUGAUGUUUUGUGCGGAUUUAAUCAGGUGACAGUGAAUUUUAUGAAAGACUGUGUGCAACUGAAUUCCUGCAUAUUAGAAAUAUUAAAGAAAUCGGAAGCUGUCCAUUUAGCGUGAUAUGAAGCUUUUUUGAUUUGCUCAGUUUAUAAAUGGAGAUGUGGUUGACAACAGAUUAUUUUACUUCUAGUUUUGACUGAUUAUUUACUAAUUAUACUGUAAUCCCUAUAUGUUGAUAUUAAGCUAUGAUCAUUAUACUACUUUUUAAUCAAAAUCUUAUGCAGUAAUUAUGUUAAUAAUGAUGUAUUCUUGUGUCAACAAGGUAUUUUUUUCCACAAUCUAAUACUGCUUUUGUAAUUUGCAGUGUCUCAUGGUCAUGUGUGUAAAUGUAAUGUAACCGCUGUGAAAUUAAAGUGUGCUACAAUUUA